AUGGAAACUAAUGUAAUAGAUUUAGGUAAAUAAGUGCCUAUAAAUCUUCCCUUUAUGAUUUAGUUAAGCUUCAAUCCUAACCAGCAAAGUUAAAAUAUGAAACCAAUUCAAAUAACCUAUCAAUGUAUUACGAUUUAUAUAGGCUAUUAGACAGUAAACCAAUUAAUUUUUACAUAUAUCGUAAAUGUAUAUUAGAGGAUAUUAAAUUGAAAAAAAUUUAAUUUGAAUAUUUAAAUCAUGAAAUAAUAAGAUCUAUUGAAGAUUUUUAUUUGGAGAAUUAGGAACCUUAAAAGCUCUUUGAAUUAUUUUUAUCUUUCAUAUAUUCUGGAAAAGUAGAAUAUAGAAUUAGAGAAUAUUACUUACCCCUACUUAAAUUAGCUAUAUACUUUUAAUGUGAUAUUUUAAUAACUUCCUUAAUGAAUUAAUAGAGAUAAUAAGGAAUAAUGAGAACAUUCUUUUUAAAUUUCUUAUGUGAUAUUUUUAAUGAUUAAAUCCACCUUCAAACAUUCCAAUCUAAUCCCAAUUCAUAAAAAUUCUUAUAAACUAUGAUCUAAUAAAAUUCCUUAAACAUUUUUAAUCACACUAAUUGGCAUAAAUAUGAUAAAUAAUUAGCAUAGAAUAAAAUUCAGAUAGGUAAAAAAUAUAACAACCUUAUAAAUAGCAUUUCGUUAACUUAAUUCAAAAUUAUUUUCAGAAUUUGCUGAUGUUUAUAGUAAUAACAAUCACUAAAAUAUUCUUCAUUUAACUCAACUUUUAUAUUAUAUUGAAAAGUAUUAAAAUCCUUAGUUGUCUAUAUUCGAAGAUAUUUAUUUAGGAAGAAUGAUUAAUUUGGUUGAUGAAAACUUUGUUAAUCAAUAUUAAGAAUUUUUCACAUAAAAAUGCAAAAACAUAUUUGAAAAAUAAAUUAAAAAAAUAUCAAAUCAACCUUAUCAUAUGCAACAUACAAAUGUUUGUGAUUUAGUGUAUUGCAUAAUUAUAUAUUAUUUAGAAAUAAAUCCUUCACAGCUACUUGUUCUCAUAAGAUUUGUUUGAAUUGCUUCUAUCAAUAUUUGAUUUAUCGAUCUAAAUUCAAAUAAUAUAAUAAAGAUGCCCCCAAAAAAGUUAGAUGCUUAACAAGAUUUUUGAAUAAAGAUAUUUGCGAUUGCGUUUUUUAGGAUCAAGAUUUUUUAGAAUUAAAGGAAUAUAAUUUGAAUGAAUUUUUAAAUAUUUACCUUAAGUAAAAAAUUUGA